AUGGUCGCCGGCGGAAAACAGAUGAACGUCCGGGUGACGACAAUGGACGCGGAGCUGGAGUUCGCUAUCCAGCAGACGACCACCGGCAAACAGCUGUUCGACCAGGUCGUGAAGACCAUAGGCCUCCGAGAGGUCUGGUUCUUUGGACUCCAAUACACCGACUCCAAGGGAGACCUGACAUGGAUCAAGCUAUACAAAAAGCCAGAAACUGUGGUGGUGAAGACAGCGAGGUGUGUUAGCACGGCUGUAAGGAAAUUGGUGUCUCCUGAAGAUGAUGAGGAUGCUGCCUUCGACAGAUCAGACGAUCUGUCAGGGUCGCUACCGUUCUCCAGAUGGGUGAUGCAACAAGACGUCAAGAAAGAGAACCCGCUUCAGUUCAAGUUUCGAGCUAAAUUCUAUCCCGAGGACGUCGCUGACGAGCUCAUACAGGAGAUCACGUUGAAGCUGUUCUACUUACAAGUGAAGAAUGCGAUCCUCUCAGACGAGAUCUACUGCCCGCCGGAGACAUCAGUACUCUUAGCGUCGUACGCGGUACAAGCUCGUCAUGGAGAUCACAAUGCUAUCGCUCACGGACCGGGCUUCCUGGCCAACGACCGGCUCCUGCCGCAGAGAGUCACCGACCAACACAAGAUGUCCCGCGAAGAGUGGGAGCAGAGCAUCACGAACUGGUGGCAGGAGCAUCACGGGAUGCUGCGGGAGGACGCCAUGAUGGAGUACCUCAAGAUAGCGCAGGAUCUGGAGAUGUACGGAGUCAACUACUUCGAGAUACGGAACAAGAAGAACACGGAGCUGUGGCUGGGGGUCGACGCUCUGGGGCUUAACAUAUACGAAAAGGAUGACAAACUGACACCCAAAAUCGGUUUCCCGUGGUCCGAGAUCCGCAACAUAUCGUUCAACGACCGCAAGUUCAUCAUAAAGCCGAUCGACAAGAAGGCUCCGGACUUUGUUUUCUUCGCGCCCCGCGUGCGCGUCAACAAACGUAUCCUGGCGCUGUGUAUGGGCAACCACGAGCUGUAUAUGAGGCGCCGCAAGCCUGACACUAUCGAUGUGCAGCAGAUGAAGGCCCAGGCUCGCGAGGAGAAACUCGCCAAGCAGGCCCAGAGAGAAAAACUUCAGCUGGAGAUCGCUGCUCGAGAACGUGCUGAGAAGAAACAACAGGAGUAUGAAGAUCGGCUGAGGCAGAUGCAGGAGGAGAUGGAACGAUCACAGGCUAACUUGAUUGAGGCCCAGGAGAUGAUAAGACGGCUUGAGGAACAACUGAAGCAACUCCAGGCCGCUAAAGAGGAACUGGAGCAGCGACAGAACGAACUGCAGGCUAUGAUGCAGCGUCUCGAGGAGACUAAGAACAUGGAGGCGGCUGAGCGUCAGAAACUAGAGGAGGAGAUCGCCGCCAAGCAGCAGGAGGUGUCCCGCAUACAGCAGGAGGUGGAGGCCAAGGACUCGGAGACGAGGAGGUUACAGGAGGAGGUGGAGGAGGCGCGCCGGCAGCAGGACGAGGCCGCCGCGUUGUUGGCAGCAGCCACCACGCCGCACCACCAUCACUUACAGGAGAGGGGCGACCAGCGAGACGAUGAGGCUGUGUCCGCUGAGGGCUCCGGCUCUGAGGCCGGCUCGGAGGCCGAGGACCUGGGCCGCGCGCCCGACGACCUCGUGGACCCGCUCGCUGAUAGGCGCACGCUGGCCGAGCGGUCGGAGAGACUACACAACCAGCUGAAGGCGCUGAAGCAGGACCUGGCGCAAUCCCGCGACGAGACCAAGGAAACUGCCAUGGACAAGAUACACAGAGAAAACGUGCGCCAGGGAAGGGACAAGUACAAGACGCUGAGGGAGAUACGCAAGGGGAACACCAAGCGACGAGUGGACCAGUUCGAGAACAUGUAG